AUGAAAGGCAAGCAUAACAUGAUAUUACUAGAUAAUGAGCGGACCGACUUUCCCGUACCACUUGCUCCUGGGGGAGUUGGGGUACGUUACCCGUUAUCUGGUGCCAUCAAUGUUGGGUCAGAUCCCUUCUUGCUUACUUAUGGACAUGGUUUGGGACCCGUCGAACCGCCAAAUUUUGAGACGAGAAAUGUUUUUAGAAGUGCUAACAAUUAA